CUUCCAUUCUCACUACAGCAACACCACCGAGUUCCAUGCGCCGCCGACACUGUGCCGCCGUAUUGCCUCGCCAUCUACACGCUGCAUAGUCUACCCUAUCCCCAUAGCACUGCACCAUGUGGGACGACGAGGACAACAACCCCUACGGAUCCUUCGUCCGACACGAUUCGGAUGCCUCCCACGCUCCUCAUUUGGGCUCGCCCGGCAGCCUGCCAUACAGACCAGCCACCCCUCCAUCGGACGUCUCCUCUCCCCGCAAUGAGUCCCCAGAGUUCAUUUCCCGGCCUGGGAACAUGAGCGAAGUCGACUACGACGAAGACCACACCGAGGGGACCAAGAUAGAGCCCAAGAAGGGCGGUUAUGAUAGCCGGGUCGAGAUGGUCUUGUAUGAGAAUCCAGAUCUGCCCAUUCUUAUUACAUACGCGGGAAAGAACCUCGAGGGCGGCGGCGGCUACAUUGCGUAUACAAUCAGGACUGGUGAUCUCGAAGUGCGCCGAAGAUACUCGGAAUUUGCGUCACUCAGAGCGACUAUGGUCAACCUGCACCCCACCUUGAUUAUACCGCCAAUACCAGAGAAGCACACCAUGGCAGACUAUGCCGCGAAGCCUACCAAGGCAAAAGAGGAUGCGGGUAUCAUCGAGUUGAGAAAGCGCAUGCUGGCGGUGUUCCUCAAUCGGUGUAGGCGCAUGAAGGAGGUCCGGGAAGACGGCGUGUGGUGGAGGUUUCUGGACCCAAAUGCGAGCUGGAGCGAGGUACUAAACUCAGAUCCGGUGAAGAACAUCCCGAAGAAUGUCCUCAAAGCACCACCGCUUGACGCUGCGAAUCCGACACCUGCCCACAACUUCCUUCCCGUCCCAUCAGCUUCAGCGAAACUUAAGACAGUCGGCGGAACCACAGGUGCCGGCAUUCCCACAACUCCACCCAGCCACGCCGCCCAACCAUCAGCCGCCUCACAUACCAUUCCUGGGCCGCAGGUAUUCGGCCGAUUUCCGCCCACAUCGCAAAAUCUCUCAGAGGAGCAACUCGACCCAUACUUUGUGAACUUUGAAACAUCGUCUCGGGACCUGGAGGCUCUGCUCCAGGGGAGUAUGGAAAAGGUAAACCGCAGGACACUUACACACCUAACCUCCUGGGGCGAAGACAUGGCCGAACUAGGCGCAAAAUUCAACGCCUUUUCCCUCUCGGAGCAAUCACAAUCCCUCGCCGCAGCCAUCGAGAAAACCGGCCAGGCCGUCGACUCCACCUAUAUCGCAACCGCCGAGCUCUCCUCCUCCCUCAGCGCAAGCUUCGCCGAACCCAUGCGAGAGAGCGCCCAAUUCGCAGGCGUCGUCCGCAGCGUACUUCGCUACCGCAUCCUUAAACGGAUACAAGAGGAUAUGACAAAAGACGAGCUUGAGAAGAAGAAAGCGCUCCUCGAAACCCUCGAACGCAGCGAAAUGGAAGCGCGACGGCUCGAAGAGCACUUAAAUGCUCAGGGCAGCCCUUCAGGUCCAAGGCGCUCCAUAUCAUCCGCCUCACAACGCGCUAGCACAGACAGGAAGCGACGAGAGGAGGACACGGCGUCCAUAGACUCAGACUUCCCGCCGACCCACGGCGAGGCCCAGCCACCCUCGGCUUCGCAAGGCGCCCCUGCGCACUCGGCGCCCAGCUCGCCGACGGGCGGCCACAAGAAGAGCCCGAGCGGGAACUUUGUGACGACGAAGAUUUUCGGGCGCAUCAGUCAUGCGUUCCAGGGCAUGGCGGAUGUGGAUCCGGAGAGGACAAGGAGGGAUCAGAUUGGAAAGACGAGGGAGAGCUUGGUUCAGCUCCAGCAAGCUCUCGAAGUCGCGGAGAAAGAUACCAAAGACGCCUCGCGCGGCGUGCUGAAGGACCUGCAACGGUUUCAGACAGAGAAGGAGGAGGACUUGAAGAGGUAUAUGAUUGCCUUCGCAAAAUGCCAUAUCGACUGGGCGAAACGGAACCAAGCAUCAUGGGAGGAAGCUAAGGCCGAAGUUGCUAAUAUUGACGCGCACACCGAGCAGGAUAUUUGAAGGCUGCAAGCCCCAUCCACUGGCUUGCCUGAAUCGGGAGGAUGGGAAAUCGGCAUUAGGUCUGGGAUUCCCCGCUGUAUCAGCUAGACAUACCUAAUUCAGAAGUGUGCUAUACAUGUAUUGUUGAGGGUUCACGCUGCGAGAAUGGUUUCUGAUUGACGCGUGACUGGGAGUCCAGUAAGACAGUAUAAUGCCAGUUAUGACUACAGACGCAGACCCUGGCUCUG